AUGUUUCGGUUGGUAAAAUUAAAAGGGGUAUAUUGGAAAUAUAUAAUAUUUUUGUUGUUAAAUUUAGUUAUUUCAAAAGUAAAGACAUAUAAAAAAACAAAAUGGAGUGGAUUGUGGGAACAUUAUUAUAAUGAACCUUGUUUAGAAACCAAAUCAAAAAAAAGUAAUUAUAUUAUUUUAAACAAUAAAACACAUUUGAUAUCAUAUAAUAAAUCUAAUGAGAAUAAUAAAGUGAAAAGAAACAAAUUUGUAAAAACAAGAGUGAGCAAAAAUAUGCUUUUUGUAGAAACCCCAAUUUUAACACAUCAUUAUUAUAAUAAUAAAAAAAGUUGGAAAAAAUUCGAAAAAAAAAAUAAAUAUCAUGAUAAUUUUUAUUCAUCUCUUUUUGAAUCACAACAAGGUAAUAAUAAUGAAAAAGGGGAAGAAAGCACAUUAGCAGAGAAUAACCAAUUGGGUGAAACUGAAAACCCCGAUUUGGGGCAAAGUGAAAAUGAAAAUUUUGGGCAAAGUGAAAGUGAAAAUUUUGGGCAGAGUGGUGAUAGUAAAAUUCCAACUAAUCCAAUACAAAUAAACAAAAGUAAUAAAAAAAAAAAUUAUAAAUUUACAUCAUGGAAUAAUAAAAAUGAAAUAAAUAAUUUUGAUGUAGAAAAGUAUGACAUAAUAAAUAAUGGAAAUGAUACACAUAAAUAUCAUUCCUCAUUUUUUACAUCUAUUAAAAAUAAAAAAGAAAAAAAUGAAAAUAGAUAUCAUUUAAAUUUCAAAAUAAAUAAAGAACUAAUAAAUACAUCAUCUGUAGAAGAGUUAUUAAAUAUUCUUGGAAAAUAUCUAGACAAUAAAAUAAAAACUAAUAUAAUAGAUGUAGAUUCAAAAAACACAAUCCUUAAUGAAGUGAAUAUUGUAACGGCUUACCAUCGAAUUGCAAAACAUAUUAAAAAUAAAAAUUACAUUCUCAAAGAAAACACAAAAGAUAAUAAUGAAAUCGAUCAUUUUUUUGACCCAAUAACAUUCAGCCUAUUUGAAAAUUACUCGAACGUCCCGCCUGCAAAGGCUGAAAAGGCCGAAAAUGAUGAAAAGGCUGAAAAUGAUGAAAAUGAUGAAAAUGAUGAAAAUGUUGAAAAUGAUGAAAAUUGUGAUAAGGCUGCAACUGGUGAUAAGGGUGAAAAUUGUGAUAAGGCUGAUAAGGGUGCACAUUUUACUGCCAGUUCAUUUCCAAAUAUGAGUUAUAAUAAUCACUCUUCCUUACACAAUUUAGAUGUAUAUAAAAAGUUAUAUUGGUUAUUAAAAGAUAAAAUAAUUAAUAAUAAAUCUAUAGUACCUAAACAUAUAGCAAAUAUUGCAUGGGCAUCUAGUGUUAUAUUAAACAAUGAUAUAUAUAUAUGGAAUAACAUAAAAAAAAAAUUUUAUGAAAAUAUUCAAAAUUUCAAAGCCCAAGAGAUAUCAAUUAUUAUAUGGUCUUUUAGUGCAUCCAAAAAUAAACUUAUUCAAAAUAAAAAAGAAUUUAUAUUAUUAUUUAAUUAUAUAAAAAAAUAUAUAGAUGAAAAUAAAUUUAAAGGCCAAGAAUUGAGUAAUAUUAUAUGGUCAUUUGCUAUUUCAAAAUAUGCAAACUUUGAUAUGUUAAUUAUAUUAUAUAAUUAUGCUUUAAAGAUAUUUGAAAAAUUAUGUAUGAAAGAUAUUGCAACCAUUUUAUAUAGUUUAUCUAUUUUUGCUACUGACACAAUUAACCAAAAAAUAAUUCAUAUUAUUAAAAAUUGUCAUUUCCAAAAAUAUGGAAUAAAAAAUGAUUAUUUAACAAUACAUCAGGAAGAAGCUCAAUUUGGUAAUGAUGUAAAAAUGAAUGAAAAAUUAAAAAAGAGUGAAACCGACUUAGAAGAAAAUGAAACCGACUUAUCAGUUGGCUUUUCACAUUUCAAUAAAAUACCUCAAAAUGAAGACGAUAUUUAUGAAGACAAUUUAAUUAUUGAAGAAACUGAUAAUAAUGAUAGAUCAUAUUUUCACACCAAAUUAAGUGAUGAUAAAAAAUAUGUUUUUUUUUUACUUUUUGAAAAUUUUUUAAUUUAUUCGUUAAAAAAAAUACAAAAUGAAAAAGAAAAAAUGAACAUGAGAAUUUGGGCAAAUAUAUUUUGGUCCUGUGCAAAUAUAGGAUUAGGAAUUUAUAAUGAUUUACAUUUUAAUAAUAAUCUUAAAUAUUACAAACAUAUAUUAAUAGAUGUAGAUUCUAAAAAUGAUAAUACAAAUUAUUAUAUUGAAAAAAAUAAUAAAAUAAAAUAUGAAAAGGAAUCAAAUUCUAUGUAUACUAUAUUGUUAAAAAAUAAAUUACAAAAUUCAAAUAUCGAAAUAGAUUUAAAACCUUAUGUAUAUAUUAUUGAAAAUGAUUAUAUAUUCCCAUCAAAAUCAGAUGUAGAAAAUCGAUAUUCAGAUUAUCUAAAAACAGAAAUGGAUGGGAAACAAUAUGGAAUAAAUGUGAACUUAGACAUUUUUAAUCAAAAUGAAAAUAUUAUUGAACCUUUUAAAUUGGAUAAAAAAAAUAUUUCGAACCAUACUACUAAUUGUGGUUUGCCAAACAACGGAGAAAAAAAUGACUAUAUGAAUAAGGGGGGGAAAAAUGACUAUAUGAAUAACGGAGAAAAAAUUGACUAUAUGAAUAAGGGGGAAAAAAUUGACUACUCUCUAUUUCUAAAGUCAUUUGAUAUACAAAAAAAUGAUUCUAUAUAUAACAAAAGUAAUAAAAGUACUAUUGUAUUUAAAUUAUUAGAAAAUUUUGAAGAUGCUUUAAAUAAAAAAAUAAUUAAAUGGUCAAGAUGUGAAAUUCAAUCUAUUGCUAAUAUAUUAUGGAGUUUAUCUAUUUUAAAUAUAUUUCCUAAAAAAAUAUUUGAAGAUGGAUUAAAUGAAUGUAAUAAAAGAUUUAUUAAAUAUGGAAAAAGAAAAAAUUAUAAUAAAAUUCAAUAUUUUAUUUCACAAUUGCAUCAGUCACAAUUAUAUCAAGUCGCCUUUUCCUACGCCAUUUAUUUGAGCGGGAAAAACGAAAAAAAUUACAAAAACGAAAAAAAUUACAAAAACGAAAAAAAUUACAAAAACGAAAAAAAUUACAAAAGUGGGAAUAAUACGAAAACAAUUGCAACUAUCAAACAAUCCCUUUAUAAUAUUUUUGAAAAAAAUUAUAAAAUCUCUAUUAAUACUCUCAAUAUAUGGAAAAAACAAUUAGCUAGGAAUCAGAGAAAAGAAGAAAAACACCAUGUUUCUUCUUCUGUCCAUAAAAAAAUAUCAACCGAUCUUAAGUACCUUAAUGUUUUUCACUACAACGAAUAUUUUAUUUUGGAUUCGAUUUUAGUGGACGCAUACAUUCCCCACUCGAUGGUCGCCAUAGAAAUAGAUGGACCCAGUCAUUUCAUCCAAAGAGGGGAAUCAAUCGUAUAUAAUCCAAACACAUUAUUUAAGAAAAGAUUAUUGAGAGCUCUUGGUUUUGUUGUUGUUUCAAUUUCAGUUACUGAACAUACAUUUAUUUUUAGCGCAUUGAACACAAUUAAUUUUGUUAAACGAAUUUUAUCAAAAAUUAAUUAUAAUAAAAUAUAA